UUCAGAGGUCAUUUCCUGCUGCUGUCGCGUUUGUUUGGGCGGGUUGCCCGUGAGUAGGUAAGAUGGCGGCCGCGGCAGUGGUAGAGUUUCAGAGAGCUCAGUCUCUCCUCAGCACGGACCGCAACGCGUCCAUCGAUAUUUUGCAUUCAAUCGUGAAGCGAGAUGUUAAGGAGGACGAUGAGGAAGCUGUUCGGGUUAAAGAGCAGAGCAUCCUGGAGCUGGGGGGUCUCCUGGCCAAGACGGGACAGGCUGCGGAGCUGGGGGGCCUGCUGAAGUACGUGAGGCCGUUCCUGAUCUCCAUCAGCAAGGCCAAAGCGGCCCGGCUGGUGCGCUCCCUGCUGGACCUCUUCCUGGACAUGGAGGCAGCCACGGGGCAGGAGGUGGAGCUCUGCCUGGAGUGCAUAGAGUGGGCCAAGGCCGAGAAGAGGACUUUCCUGCGCCAGGCCCUGGAGGCUCGUCUGGUUUCCCUGUAUUUCGACACCAAGAAGUACCAGGAGGCCUUGUUGCUUGGCUCUCAGCUCCUGCAGGAGUUGAAGAAAAUGGACGACAAGGCCCUGCUGGUGGAGGUGCAGCUGCUGGAGAGCAAGACCUACCACGCGCUCAGCAACCUGCCCAAGGCCCGAGCUGCCCUCACCUCCGCCAGGACCACAGCGAAUGCCAUCUACUGCCCGCCCAAGCUUCAGGCAGCCCUGGACAUGCAGUCAGGGAUCAUUCACGCCGCUGAAGAGAAAGACUGGAAGACUGCCUACUCUUACUUCUAUGAGGCGUUUGAAGGCUACGACUCCAUCGACAGCCCCAGAGCUAUAACUGCGCUUAAGUACAUGCUCCUCUGCAAGAUCAUGCUCAACUCGCCAGAGGAUGUACAGGCCCUGAUCAGCGGCAAACUGGCCUUACGGUAUGCUGGCCGACAGACAGAUGCGUUGAAAAGCGUGGCGCUAGCCAGCAAGAACAGGUCCUUGGCAGAUUUUGAAAAGGCCCUGACGGAAUACAGAGCAGAGCUGAGGGACGACCCGAUCAUCAGCACCCACCUGGCUAAGCUGUACGACAACCUGCUCGAACAGAACCUUAUCCGCGUCAUCGAGCCCUUCUCCAGAGUACAGAUAGAACACAUAUCGACUCUAAUCAAGCUCUCAAAGGGAGAUGUCGAGAGGAAAUUGUCACAGAUGAUUUUGGACAAGAAGUUCCACGGAAUCCUGGACCAGGGGGAGGGUGUGCUCAUCAUAUUCAAUGAGCCACCUGUAGACAAAACCUAUGAGGCAGCCCUGGAAACCAUUCAGAACAUGAGCAAAGUGGUGGACUCGCUCUACAACAAAGCGAAGAAGCUCACAUAGAAGUGAAGACCUCAGCUGUGGAGAAUGUGUGUGAUCGGUGUUUGGAACAUUUGGGAGAAGGGGUGGGGGGGAAGGGUUGGGAAUGGAAAAGACUACAGAAAAACCCACAAACCAGGAUUCCUCGGUUCCCUACGGAAAGUUUUUAACUUCUUUUGAUGGACAGAACUUUACAAUUGCAUCAUUUUUUUCCCCCCCUUUUUUUGGUAUUCCUUUUCAGUACUCUGUAAUACUCCGCGGCCCUGCAGGCCAUCAGGGAAAACUGUACAAAAACAAUAAAAAAAUUAAAAGCAUAUACAGUAUAAAUAUAUAAAUAUAUCCAUCUCUUUCAGAAUAAGUCGGUCUACUGUUGCCAUCCAGAAGUGCUGCCUCGAAGCCCAGAGAAAUGCAAUGUGCGAAAAUGUUAUGGUCAAAGUGAUCCUAUUUUAAGAAUACUUCCCCGUUUACCCGGUUGUAUUUCUUACUGAAGCACAUUGAGUGGUCGUUGGAAAUGUCUGGAACGUCUAUCUGGUUAGUCACAUGACACAUACAGUACUCCUCCUGGCUGUGUUCUUGCGCAUGCGUAAUGUUACCAAUCUGUCCUGCACCUCCUGCUUUCACCUCCCAUUACGAUCAGCCAAAUGUAAGUGCUUAUGUAGAGGAGGUUAGCAGUUUGGAUUUUGACCAUUCUUAUCCCAUUCAUUGAGAGGACAAAUAAAAUCGUUCCCAUAUUCUGUGAUGUUAAUACCUGUAACGGUCAUGUUAGUUUUAGAUCUGUAGGUAUGGGGAUCAGCUGGCUAAAGUGGAGCUUCUACUACUUUUCCCAUAUUGAUGGUUACUCAAACGGUAGUUCAAAUGUUCCAGCAGGACAUGCCAACAGCCAGUUUGUAUUUUUAACGGUAAUUUUUCUAAUAAAUAUUUUGUAUUUUUGUGGAUAA